UACUACGUUUGAAAGGUGCGUGGACUUGCUGGAGAGAGUUGUGUUGUCGUUUGAGUACAUAUUUUUUUACUUUAUGGUUUACACUUAGAGACACCGAUAAUAAUGGUGUGAGAAAGUGUGUAGCUAUUGUUGUUGGACGCUGAAAAGUGAAUCAAGGCUGAAAGCGCCACAGUUUUAGAAGUUGGACGUGCUGUCAAUUCUUGCGCGCUUUUUCAUUCGGUUUUGCCCUUCUCUUUGAUCUGCUCCAUUGCUGUGAAUAUCAACAGACUAUGUAAUUCUUAACUGUAGUAGUACACUUACUGCCCAGAAGAUAACAUACUUAUUUUUUGGGUUAUGACAUACACCAUAACUGAAACAGGUGUGACUGGUGCCCAUGUGAGGCUACUGACAGUGUGCUAUCAUGGAGGCAGAGAAAGCAGAACUUAAAUCAAUUCUGCGAGGACUGCUCAUUUCAUCCCCCAAGCAAAUGACAGUGCGUGAACUUGCGAAUGAUUUUUCGAGGCAGGAAGGACGUGAAUUUCCAUUUCAAAAGUACGGAUUUCGUACAUUUGUUGAUUAUCUGAGGACCAUAAAGGACACAGUUUUGCUGAGUGGAUUUCAGCCAAUUUAUGUGACUCCUGUUGUCAAAGAAAGCACAGCUCAUGUAAAUGAACUUGUUUUAAAACAGAAGAACAGUACUUCAAAGAAAUCCUCAUACAAAUCUCUGGAAAAAUCACAGAGGAAGAGGGGAUGGGUCCCUAUUGUAAUCCCACCUGACCCAGCAAAGACAUUACCAACUCUGCUGGAUAUUAAAAUACCAAGCAGAAACAAGUUUAUGCUAAAUGUGCCAGCAACGAGGAAAUCAACCCGAAACUCUACUUUGCACGGUUUCCCAAAAUCGGAAGUAGUUUCUGGAAAUAAAAACAUAAAUGGUGGUAAAAAUUACGCAAAAGUCGUUUAUGAAAAGGCUACAGAAAGUCAAGAAAGUAAUCUCCCACACAUUUAUGAAAGGAAGCAAGCUGAUGCAUGUAAUGUUCUUGAGAAUAAAAUGAAGACUGUAGCCAGUAAACCUUCUGAAAAAUGGGAAGACAUCUGUGAAGAAAAUAAAGGCCAUGACGACUCACUCUUUCAAAAGUACUGUGUCCAAAAUAUUAAGUUCAGAUCAAUAAAUAACAUUGAUGAGUGGUUUCCUAAAGAUAUACCUGAAAUAUCACCUCAGAAUUCUGUAAUUGUGAGUCAUGGAUUCAAAGACGAUGGAAAUAAUUUUGAACACUCUGAGAAUGUAAUCAACAAUAUAACUAAAAGUUCAGCUAUGGAAUUCAGUGAAAGGAAGACUGACAGCUCAUUGCUGUAUGAGCAGGACACAAAAACUUGUGUAAAAGGAACUAGCACCCCUUCCAGCCCUGUGUCCUCCAGUGGGAGCAGUUUUAAUGAAAGUUCAUUGCAUAAUAGGUUAUUUAGCGAGAAGACAGUGUCGAAUAUGAAGAAGUUGAUCAAAGACAAUCCCCAAGGUCUCUGGGCCUCUGAGUUUCCUGCGAUUUACAAGGAGCACUUUGGAGUGGCCUUGGAUUACCAUGCUUAUGGCUAUGUGAGCAUGGCAGCUGUAGCAGCUGCAUAUUCAGAUGUUUUUAUUUGUUUAAGACGAAGUUCAGCUGACUUUCUAUUAUUUGAUUCUGAGGCACCUCUGCCCAAGCAUUACGCGAACAGUGGUAACAUGAACUCCUUUGGCGUUGUAACAGAAGUUAUCAAGAGUAAUGUGGAGCGUUUAAUUGCAGAGUUUCCGACUGGUCUGCCUGUUGGAAAGUUCAAGGAAAUGUAUAAGUUAUAUUUUUCAGAAGAUUUGAAUGAAGAAGAAUUAGGAUUUUCAAGUUUGAACGCUAUGCUACAAACAUUACAUGAAGAAUUCAUCCUAAGGGUACGGCAAGUUGGGAAAAAUACGCUGUUAUAUCCUGCAAGAAAUCUUGAUUCUAUCCAGCAGGAACCACCUCUCUGCACUUCAGUGAUGGAGUAUGAUUCUGUUGAGCUCUACACUGCGUAUCCACCAGAAGUUCUGGACCCUCAUGAUACUAUACAGAAACAGCCUUUGCCACGCUUGCGAGGAGAUUUUCCAGUUCUUGUGUCAGAUGUGACUUCUCCUUCACACUUUUGUAUGAUUUUGUACGACAUCCGUCCCCAGCUUGAGAGUCUUAUGGAUGAGAUCCAGUUUUUUUAUACUACCGAAGGAGAAAAGUACAAAAUGCCACACAGUGCUAUUUGCAAAGGUUUGUUGUGCAUUGCACGCUAUGAGAGUAACCAAGAAUGGCAUCGUGUACAGAUCUGCAGCGUAAAGGAUGGAAUGUCUAAAAUCAAAAUAAAUUAUAUUGACUAUGGAACUGUGGGCUAUGUGAGAUCUGAAGAGCUAAGAUUUAUGCACAGAGAUUUUGCACAAUUGCCAAUGCAAGGAAUACCUUCACGUUUAGCAAAUGUUGAACCUGCUGUGGGUGAAUGGAAAAAGGAAGUAAGCAAUUACUUCUUGGAUCUGGUUCGUGGCAAAAUCUUAAUGGCAGUUAUUGACAGGACAAAUCAGGAUAAUCUUACUUCAGUGGGGCUCGUGGACACUUCUGGAGAAGAUGAUGUCCACAUAAAUGAUCAACUUGUCCUUACGGGACAUGCAAAGUUCAAAUAUGAUCCACCACAGAAAUCAACUGAUGUCUCCAUUGGCAAAAGUGAACUUGAGUUAUCAAAUAAUGAUUUUGAAAUGAAUACUUGGAAAUCAGAUGGAACAACUUUUCAUGCGAGGAGUUCACAAAUGGUGUUGACAGUUGUCUUGUGCCAAGUACUGUUACAGCAUCUGCUUGUAAUAAGAGAAAGGGCCUUUACCUUUCAGUGGUUCCAGAAAAGAUGUAAGAAAACUACAUUGCGAUUCAUUUGUUGUGGAGAUGAGAUAAGCUGCAGAACUCACCUGCUGUUUCCAUUGAACUGGGAUUUCCAAACAAUUUUGAAACAGAUCAUUGGAAAUCAGAAGGAAAAACUUCUAUGA